GGGUGCUCGUCACGGCCUGACCAUGAGCGCCAAGCUGGCGCGCCUGGAGGAGCAGGAGCGAGCGUUCCUGGCCACGUACCGACACAGGGAGCAGCAGCAGCACCCCCCAGAGAGCAGCCCCCCAGCAGAGAGGGGAGAAGAGGAGGUGGAGGAAGAGGAAGAGGAAGGGAAGGCUGCAAAGAGGAAGAAGAAGAAGAAGAAGAAGAAGGAGGAGGAGGACAAAGAGCCAGUCGAGACAGAGGUACCUCUGCUAGACACAGAUGGGCCAGAUGAGGCCGGGCAUAGCCCCAGGAAAAAGAGGAAGAAGAGGACGAAGGAGCCAGAGUGA